GAACUAACCGGAAACUGUUGAACUAAAGCAAUUGAUUACUGCACAAAAACAUGUCUUGAUUCCAAAACUUUACCAUAGUAUUUUUUACGGUCUCGUUAUUAGGCAGUAAAGAAAACUAACAGGGAGCUUUAGCAGCAGGCAGAAAGAAAAGUGAGAUAAACGACAGUACACGUGCUGAAUUCGAAUUUUAUAUAGUUGACAUUGUUCCUUUCAGUCCGUAAACAAUGGCCCAGACCUUUUUAAUGGAGGUAUGUGUGGACUCUGUGGAGUCUGCUAUCAAUGCUGAACGAGGAGGUGCUGGUCGACUUGAGCUGUGUGCAAGCCUUCUGGAGGGAGGACUCACGCCCAGUCUAGGUUUGGUUCAGGUUGUGAAGCAGUAUAUCAAAAUCCCGAUCUUUGUGAUGAUCCGGCCUCGUGGGGGGGACUUCCUGUACUCCGAUCAAGAAGUUGAGGUGAUGAAGAAGGACAUAGAGCUUACGAAGGGCCAAGGGGUCGAUGGAUUUGUGCUGGGAGCUCUAACAGAAGAUGGAAGAGUGGAUGCAGAGCUCUGCAUGGAGUUACUGGCUGCUGCUCGACCUUUACCCGUCACCUUCCACCGAGCUUUUGAUAUGGUUCAUGACUCAGCGGUGGCUCUGGAGACCCUGAUAUCGUUAGGGUUUGAGCGUGUGUUGACAAGUGGCUGUGAUAUUUCUGCUUUGGAGGGACUGCCUGUGAUUAAACGGCUCAUUGAUCAAGCUAAAGACAGAAUUAUUGUGAUGCCAGGAGGAGGCAUCACGGAACGAAACCUGCAGAGAAUACUGGAGGGGUCAGGGGCUCAGGAGUUUCACUGUUCAGCACGCUCCAGCAGGGACUCUUCAAUGAAAUUCAGAAACACCUCAGUGACCAUGGGAGCGUGUUUCUCUGCUCCUGAGUACGGCCUGAAAGUGGCUGACGUCUCCAAAGUGCGAUCUCUAAAUGCCAUAGCCAAAAAUACCUUGUGAAUGGAGGCUUUAUAUUGAUGACAAAUAACUAAGGAAUACCUCAAAAAUAAAAAGAAUUGGUUCCCUUCUUUA